AUGACUUCAGGGUUGGGAACAGUCCUGCUGAGUUUGGCCCUGAUGGCAGGGCCCGCUGUAGCCUUGUCCCCAUCGGGGUUGGGGCAUCCACUCAUAUCAGCAUCACAGACAGCUCUAUUGCAAAAAGUGACGGAAACAUGUCGGGCGGUGGCUGAGGCAGCUGGUCAUGAAUUCAAACCCACGGGUUCCUCUCCUGAGGAGUUGGUUAAGGCCUGUCUAGGACCCACAGCAAAAGGAGAGGUGUCAGGUGCUAAGUUUAACUCUGCUCUUCAAGAAAUCUACCAGAAUGGACUGGUAGACCGUGACUUUGUCAACAGUGCGCCACACCAUUUCAACUCAGAGGACUUCCUGGGGGGACGACGCCUAAUCACAGAGGGCAUGGUUGCCAUUAAAACUAAUGUUCGUUGGGAGAACUUCCAGGCUGCCAGGGAAACACUGGGCAAAGUUCUUCAUACACUCCAGGACUUCUACAGCCACAGUAACUGGGUGGAGCUGGAUACACAGAGCCAUACAUCAACCUCAUACGCCCAGAUCUGCCACUGGAAAACCUAGCAGAUGUCAACACUGCCACCUGCAGUGACUGUGCCAGUGGAACAUGCCCUAAUCCCAUCCUCCCCAACAUCCUGAAG